GCAACGCGCUGCGUUCCCAGUGUGUAACGGUAUACUCCCAAUAUAGAAUAACAAGCAAAGCAACAACGCAGCAGCAGCAGCAGCAGAAAUUCAAAUAACAAUAAAAAAACGAAAUCUAAUCGUGCGACGCAGCUUGUUUUGAUAGUGCGUGAAACUGGCUACGUCAUUCGCUUAACAUAAUCCGUUAACGUCGCAGUCGACAGUGUGCAAGGGGUGGGGGCUGUCAAUAUGUGUUCAGUUAUUUUGCUUUGCCAAGUUGGCAGCCGAUUGGCCAAUUAAUUGUUGCUCAGCUGAAGCUAAUGGAAAACCUGAGCCAGGCAAGUCAGCGCAAAAUGUAAUAAAAAGACAAAGACAACAACAACAAAAGCGACUGCAACGAAGUUGUAACAAGUCAUACAGAAAACCAGCUUGUAUACAUGUAAAAGAAAAGAAAAAUACAGAAGAAUAAUAACAAAAACAAGAGCAACAACAACAAACAGCAGCGAGCGAUCAGCCGUCAGAACGGAAUAGCGACAAAACAAAGAAGCAAGUGGGCAACAAAGAACGCGAACACAAGGCAACAACAACACAGACCAGAGCUCCAGCCAGAACAAGAACAACAACAGAAAUCAGUAACAGAAUCAGAAUUCGACAACAACAGAGAACAAUAACAGCUUCUGGGCAUAGUGUGUCGCGCGGCGAAUUAAAAUACAUAGAACCACAACAAUCAGUGGAACGGCAAUAAAAUAACAAGCUUUGAAUUUUUUGACUACAUGUUUUGUGCGCAUUCAGCGUAAAUAGCGACAAAUUAUUAAUUAAGACGCCAAAUGUUUGCCUGGCGUCUUGGAAAGUGCAUGUCGAAGCGAGAGCGCCAAAGCACAAUACACGCGCAGCGAGUGCAAGCGAGAAACAACAACAAGCGCGAGAGAGUCGCCGAGUGAGAGCGCGAGUGCAAUUGGCUGUGUGCGCGCGCGCGUGUUUCGUUUCCAAAUUGUUGCGCUGUCGCGAACAGCUGAGCUGCCCACGCGUCGCUCUGUGCGUGAUAAGCUUUCCUUUCCAAUAUAUACAUACAUAUUUUCAAGUGCAUGCCAAUAACUGCACAUCUGCAUUUUGGAUCUCUGCCUAGCGCUCUCUUAGACGCCGGGGCAUGCUCUUCGCACACACAGGUGGAGGCAUCUUCCGCGACCGUGUCAGUGUGUUAUCAGUCAAUGGCACUGAGAGAGCGCCGCUGCAGCGCUAACUAAAUUUCGUAGCAGUCAGUCAGUCGCACGGCAGCAGCAGCAACAACAACAACAACAACAGCAAAAGCAGUGCAACUUUCAAAGCUUUUUACGCCCGCACAGACUGCCUGCACAUUCAAAUACUCGGCCAGACAAUGUCACAUGCCACGGACCGCUAUGUGGCACAGUCCCCGCCGACGGCUGCCUCAGAGGAUCUCACAGUACAACAAAGCAAAUCAAAGUCCAAUACGUUGAACUCGCAACGUAAUGGCAACACGCUGGGCUAUGGCUACAGCGUGGGCGGGGGCGGCAGCGGAGGCGGAGGCAGCAGCAGCAGCAGGCCCGAGAAACUGACGGUGCUGGACAUGACAUUGGAAUCGUUGGGUCUACGCAAUCUGACGUCCAAGGAUAUUGGCGUACUGAUAAUGUUGGGCUUCAUGUUUUUGCUGUUUGUGAUAAGCGUGACCGGGUUCUUUGUUAUGUGGUUCACGGAAUACUAUAAUAAUACCAUGCUCAAGAAUCUUAUACUCGCCGAGAAUUCCGAGACAGCCAACAGCUGGCUGCAGCCAGAUCCCAAAUAUGAUACGCUGCUCAAGGCGCACAUAUUCAACUACACAAAUAUUGAGGACUUUCUGGCCGGGCGAGCGGACAAGAUGCACGUGGAGGAUCUGGGUCCAUUGACCUAUCAGGAGCACACGGUCAAGGAUCAAGUGUCCUUCAACAAAAAUCACACUGUCACCUUCAGGGACAAAAAAUCGUACAAGCUGCUGCCGGAAAAGUCAACGCUGCGUGAGGAUGAUGUGGUCCUGGUGCCCAAUGUACCGCUGCUGUCGGCGGCGGUGCACGUGAAGCGUAUGCCCGCAUUCAAGCGUCUCCUGGUCACGGGCACCAUCAAGCUGUUCGAGGAGCCGCUCUUCAAGCGUCUCACCGCCCACGAGUACCUGUGGGGCUAUCGGGAUAAGAUCAUCAGCCUGGAGUCCCUGGGCGGCGGCAAGACCCACUUCGGGCUGCUCAAGACACGGAAUGGCACCAGCGUGGACUCUGUGCAGCUGAACACCGGCGAGGACGACAUCUCUAAGUUCAGCAUCAUUACCCAGUUCAAUGGGAAGCCGCAGCUGGAUUUCUGGCAGGGCGACGAGUGCAAUCGUAUCGAUGGCAGCGAACCGUCCAUGUUUUCGCCGACCGAGCUGCAGACCCGCAACCCGGUCUAUGUCUUUCUGCAGGUGCUCUGCCGCAAGGUGCCGCUGCAUUUCGAGAAGGAGGAGACCAUCUACAAUGACAUCGAUGUGCUGCGCUAUCGCACGCCCUUGGACGUCUUUGCGCAUCCCUCCGAGAAUCCGGCCAACGAGUGCUUCUGCAAGAAUACGGAUCGCUGCCUGCCCAGCGGCGUAAUAAAUGCCACCAAGUGCUACGAUGAUUCGCCCAUAUUUCCCUCAUUUCCGCACUUCUUCUCCGGCGAUCCCGUGCUGUACAAGGACUUUGAGGGCAUCAAGCCAGAUGCUGAUCUGCAUCAGACCUAUGCCGAUAUACAUCCGCGCUUUGGUUUCCCCAUCAGCGGCGCCUCCCGCAUACAGAUCAACAUCAUGCUGGACAAGACGCCGCUGCUGCGUAAUCAAGCGGCUCGUCUGGAGAACGCCACCAUUCUGCCUUUGAUUUGGAUCGAGAUAACCGCCGGCGAUUUUAAUGACGAUGUGCUGCACACGCUCUAUGUGAGCACAUUUGGCCUGGACGCCAUUCAGCUGGCGCUCAAAUACGGCACCCUGCUGGUCUCCGUGACCACCUUCAGCCUGAUCGUGGCCAGCGUUUACUAUCUGAACAGCAAGCGCGAGGAGCAGCAGCUGGAGCAUAGCAAGUCCUCUGCCGAGCUGGAAGCACUUGCCGGUCCCGCUCCGGGCAACGGUAGCGUUGUCGUCGUCCAGGUCCUGCCGCACAGCGUCAGCCAUGCGCACCGGGGGGAUCCAUAGUGCCAUUAGCAAUUAAUUGGGGAGGGUUUUAUGGGCGGGCCAGCACAAAAGGGGUUUUUGUGCGGGGAAAUAGCCUUGCGCUUGCUUGUGUGCCUUAAAAAAACGCAAACAUUAAGAGAUUUUCGAAUUUGUCACGACUUAGGAUACGAUAUUAUUAGCCUAGAACAAAGCUGUAGUUAACAAAUUGUAUAUAUGUAUCAUAUGUAUAAAGAGAUCAAACAAAUGUUCAAUAAAUAG